AUGGAAGAAAAGCGAAACUCGCCCGCCCAUGCCAAGCAAGUUGUCGCACUGACUAUGACAAAAAUACAUGUGGAAAAAUCAUACGUCAACGAGAAAGGUUUCAUGGCAGUAAGAAAAAACAUAAAAAACAAGGGUUCGGACAUAAAGGUCGUUUGCAAAUUUAUUCAUAAUCUUCACGAUAACACUACUCAGCCCUUGAUAAUGCAGGAAGUGAACAGACAUGACAGCAAGAUGGAUUUGGGAGACGAAAAGAUACCUCAAAGUCCAUUGCAUCAUGUAGAAAUAGUCUCUAACUUGAAGGAUAACUUCAAAAAUCGUUUCAAGGAUUUCAACGAAAUUCCUAUAGUGGCGCAAUUUGUUGUUUCACCUUUCAUGGAAAUUGAUAUCCAGCAGUUCGCAACUUCUGUUACGCAGAAUUUUAGCGAAGACAUCGCAGCGACAGAAACGGAAGUAAGAUUCCUGGAAGCCGUAAGCAGAUGUGAGGUAUUGUCAUUCCAUAUCAUAUUGCAUAUUCAUUUUCUAUACUAUUACAUUUUAUAUGGUAAUACUGAGCACAAAACAUAA